UUAUUCCUCUACCACAUUUCGAUCUAUAAAAGCCCUUCCAGCCUCUGGCACUCCCUUCUCAGCCACAGCUCCAGUUGCUUGGAAGUUACAAGGCGUUCAGAGGCGGCAACCAAACCUACACACAUACACAUGGGAUCCUUGGGCCCUGCCGUGAGCGUGAGCAUGGCCAAGGCCAGCGGCGGCACGGCGGCCGUCGGCGGCCAGCAGCCGGAGCGCGGCACGUUCAGCUGCGGCUUCCGGAUGCCGCUGCACUACCCGCGGUACAGGAAGGCGGACUACGAGGCGAUGCCGGAGUGGCGCGUCGACUGCCUGCUCCGAGAGUACGGCCUCCCCGUCGCCGGCGACGUCGAGGACAAGAGGAGGUUCGCCAUGGGCGCCUUCCUCUGGCCCAGCCAGUAUUGACUCUCCUUCUUACAUCUCGCCACUCGGAGCAGAGGCCGGUCAGCGAGCCAGCGCCUGGCAGAGACUGAUCAGCAGUGGCAGCAGCAUCAACAUCACGUCCCCAUGUAUGAAGAAGACGAGAUCUCGUGACAAUAUUACAUAUUCUUAUCGUAUCAUCUAAUCGUAUCUCCAAUCCCCCAUAGAGAAUAUAUAUCAUGUUUCUUGGAGUAUAUGUAAGCAGUGGAAGAAGGGGUUGUUUCUGAUAUUCAUACGUGAAAUGUAGGGCUUCGUAUGUACUACGUGUGACCUUGAUCGUUUUGCUCUGAAGUUCUGCACUUCUGAUCGUUUUGCA